AUGGACGGUCCAACCAAAAGAAGCGCAUCGCCAGCCGCCGAAUUGCUCAAGAAACCAAAGGUGUAUGCUGCUCCAGGCAAAGUAGUUCUGGAGGCAGAUGUGGGAGUGACUCAGUAUAUUAAUGAGGCCUACAAAACGGGACCGGGUUUCUUCGGUUCAAUUAAGCAGAGAUACUCUGAUUUUCAGGUCAACGAGAUCACGUUGGACGGAACAGUGGUGCAUUUGACUGACGAGGGCAUCGACUUGGGAAAGACUAAGAAAGAAAGAAAACAGGAAAGAAGACUGAAUGAACGUGCUGAUCUUCAAGAUAAGACUCCAGAGGAGAUUGAAGCUAUCAAGGCAGAAAAAGCAGAGAAGGCUACGGCUGAAGAAAAGCAGGAGAAUGGAGAGAACCAGCCUAAGUACGAGCUCAGCGAGGACCACAAGGCUCGCUUAUUGGAACUUCUUGCUCCAGAAGAGCUCCAGGAGGUUGAGGCUCUUUUCACGAACGGAGGAAACAUGGAAACAAAGACAACUUUUGACGAUAAGGCUACGAGAACGCAAUUGCAUCAACUCCUCAGACAAGCAUUCCAGGGAAAGCUCGAAACCAUGACUUCUCCUGAAAACACAUUCAAAGUGGCCUUAUCGAAGGGGACCAACAGCAAAAGAGGUCAGAAUGUUAACCAUGUCGACGACCUGGGCGUGAUAAACUACGGGUUGGGCCCAUUCAAGAACUACUUGCACUUUACGCUCUAUAAGGAAAACAGAGAAACUAUGGAAGUAGCUUCUAUGAUUUCAAAGUUCCUCAGAGUACCACACAAAGCGGUCAAGUACGCGGGAACCAAGGACCGUCGUGGUAUCACUUGUCAGAGACUCAGUAUUCACAAGGGUAAAGUCCAAAGAGUUACAUCUCUUAACAAAGGAUUGAAUGGCUCGACUCUUGGUGGAUUUAAGUACGAAAGCAAAGGCCUUGAUCUUGGUGAUUUACAGGGUAAUGAGUUCUUAAUCGCUAUCCGUGACGUUAAGACAGAGACGGACAACUUGGAAGAGGUUGUUGACAAGGCCUUCAACUCUCUCAACGAAAAAGGUUUCAUCAACUACUACGGUUUGCAAAGAUUCGGAACCUUUUCAAUUUCUACCCAUGUCUUGGGUAUUGAGCUUCUUAAGGAUAACUGGAAGAACGCCGUUGACCUUCUCCUUGCUGAACAAGACAGAGUUGUGGCAGAGUCAGUGGAGUCUCGUAGGAUUUGGGCUGAAACCAGGGAUGCUAGUACAGCAGCCAAGCUCAUGCCAAGGAGAUGUUUUGCUGAACAGAACGUUCUCAGUUCUUUGGCAAAGGAAAAGAAGGUGAACGAUACCGGCGAGGAGGACUAUCACAAACAAGCAUACUUCCGUGCCAUAAUGCAGAUUCCACGUAACUUGCGUCUCAUAUAUGUCCAUGCUUAUCAAUCCUAUGUGUGGAAUAUGGUCGCCUCGAAGAGAAUUGAGCUUUUUGGGUUGCAAGUUCGUGAAGGCGACUUGAUUAUGGUGGAGCACAAGAAUGCCGAAAGCCAAAAGGUCGUCUCUCUCGAUGAAGAUGGCGAAGAGUUCGAAGAAGAUGUUGCAGGUACGCUUUCUGACAAGGUUCGUGCUCUUACAAAAGAAGACAUUGACUCAGGAAACUUCUCCAUUUAUGAUGUGGUGCUUCCAUCUCCUGGUUACGACGUGGUCUACCCAACUAGCCCAGAACUCAUGUCAGUUUACGAGCAGGUAAUGGCUAAGGAUGGCCUUGAUCCCCACAAUAUGGGCAGGAGAGUGCAAGAGUUCUCCUUAGCAGGCUCCUACAGACCACUUAUGGGAAAAGCAUCACAGCUCUCAUACAAAAUUGUUAAACACAAGGACACUCAAGAUCCGAUCUUGAGAACGGAUUUGGAGAUUUUACGUGCUAAGAAGGAAAAUGACACAGCUUUGGACAGAAUCAUCGAUUAUUCCGAUUCCGAGGAAGCUACCCAGACCGGCAUAGUCUUACAAAUGAGAUUAGGCGUAAGCUGUUACGCCACCAUGGCGCUUCGAGAGUUUAUGAAGGCCGACACGAGUCGGUUUAGUGCCAACUUCGACGUCAAGACCAAUAAUAAAUAA